UCUUCUAGCUCAGGGUUUGUGCUGGUGUGGGAUGUUUGAGUGAGCGUGGUUCCUAACCUCAUAUGAGAGGUCCCACAACCAUUCCAACUUCUGUUCCCAGCCAGGUGCUGCCCGCCACUCAUGUCUACCCUCAUCCCCACCAGAGGUUAACCACGGAAGUCCAGCGUGAGGGAGCUGACCCUGGUGUCCCGCAGCUUUCCCGUGGGUCACGAUGCACCAGCCUCCAGGCGUGGCCACGUUUCCCCGAGCUUCUCAAGGGUUAAGAGGAGAGCUUCGGGCUGACGUCGCUUUGGCCGAAGGUGGUUCCCCUCUCGGAGGGUGGGAGAGCCCAGCGGGCUGAAACCCGAGCUCCCGCUCAGCUGGGACUUGGGGAGGUCCCGGCAAGAGCACAGCCUGUUGCCCUGCUCUCGCUCAGGCGUCACUCCAGUCAUCCGGCACCGGUGCAGCAGCGGGAACGAUGGAGCUGGACCGCUGGGCGCAGUUGGGGCUGGCGUUCCUGCAGCUCCUUCUCAUCUCAUCCUUGCCAAGAGAAUACACCGUCAUUAACGAAGCCUGCCCUGGAGCUGAGUGGAACAUCAUGUGUAGAGAGUGUUGUGAAUAUGAUCAAAUUGAGUGCGUCUGCCCAGGAAAGAAGGAAGUGGUGGGUUACACCAUCCCGUGUUGCAGGAAUGAGGACAAUGAGUGUGACUCCUGCUUGAUUCACCCAGGUUGUACCAUCUUUGAAAACUGCAAGAGCUGCCGGAAUGGCUCGUGGGGUGGAACUCUGGAUGAUUUCUACGUGAAGGGAUUCUACUGUGCAGAGUGCAGAGCAGGCUGGUACGGAGGAGACUGUAUGCGGUGUGGCCAGGUUUUUCGAGCCUCAAAGGGUCAGAUUCUUCUGGAGAGCUACCCCUUAAAUGCGCACUGUGAGUGGACCAUUCACGCCAGACCUGGGUUUAUCAUCCAGCUGAGGUUUGGCAUGCUGAGCCUGGAGUUUGACUACAUGUGCCAGUAUGACUACGUUGAGGUUCGAGAUGGGGAUAACAGUGACAGCCCCAUCAUCAAGCGUUUCUGUGGCAACGAGCGGCCAGCUCCCAUCAGGAGCACGGGUUCUUCCCUCCAUGUCCUUUUCCGCUCCGAUGGCUCCAAGAACUUCGAUGGAUUCCAUGCUGUCUUUGAGGAGAUCACAGCGUGUUCCUCAUCCCCUUGUUUCCACGAUGGCACAUGCCUCCUUGAUGCAACUGGGUCUUACAAGUGUGCCUGCCUGGCUGGCUACACUGGGCAGCGCUGUGAAAACCUCCUUGAAGAAAGAAACUGCUCAGACCUUGGGGGCCCAGUCAAUGGGUACAAGAAAAUCACAGGAGGUCCUGGGCUUCUCAAUGGGCGCCAUGUCAAAAUUGGCACGAUUGUGUCAUUCUUCUGUAAUGGCUCAUACGUUCUCAGUGGCAACGAGAAAAGAACCUGCCAGCAGGAUGGAGAGUGGUCAGGGAAGCAGCCCGUCUGCAUAAAAGCCUGCCGGGAACCGAAGAUCUCAGACCUGGUGAGAAGGAGGGUCCUUCCGAUGCAGGUUCAGUCAAGGGAGACACCAUUACACCAGCUUUAUUCCACAGCCUUCAGCAAGCAGAAACUGCAGGAUGCCUCUACCAAGAAGCAAGUCCUUCCAUUUGGAGACCUCCCUCCUGGGUACCAACAUUUGCACACCCAGCUGCAGUAUGAGUGCAUCUCACCCUUCUACCGCCGCCUGGGAAGCAGCAGGAGAACAUGCCUGAGGACUGGGAAGUGGAGUGGACGGGCCCCAUCCUGUAUCCCAAUCUGUGGAAAAAUCGAGAAUGUUGCUUCUGCGAAGACCCAAGGGACCCGCUGGCCAUGGCAGGCAGCCAUCUACCGGAGGACCAGUGGUGUGCACGAUGGUGGGCUGCACAAAGGCGCGUGGUUCUUGGUCUGCAGUGGUGCCCUGGUGAACGAGCGUACCGUGGUUGUGGCUGCCCACUGUGUGACUGACCUAGGGAAGGUCACCAUCCUCAAGACAGCAGACCUCAAGGUUGUCUUGGGAAAAUUCUACAGGGACGAUGAGCGGGAUGAGAAGACCAUCCAGAAUUUACGGAUUUCUGCCAUCAUUCUGCAUCCCAACUACGACCCUAUCCUGCUGGACGCUGACAUCGCCAUUCUGAAGCUCCUAGACAAGGCCCGCAUUAGUACCCGUGUCCAACCUAUCUGCUUGGCUACCCCUCGGGACCUCAGCACCUCCUUCCAGGAGUCGCACAUCACUGUGGCUGGCUGGAACAUCCUGGCGGAUGUGAGGAGCCCUGGUUUUAAGAAUGACACACUGCAUUCUGGAAUGGUCAGGGUGGUAGAUUCACUGCUCUGUGAAGAACAACACGAAGACCAUGGCAUUCCCGUUAGUGUCACUGACAACAUGUUCUGUGCCAGCCAAGACCCCAGCACCCCUUCCGACAUCUGUACUGCAGAGACAGGGGGCAUCGCUGCUUUGUCCUUCCCAGGCCGAGCAUCCCCUGAGCCCCGUUGGCAUCUGGUGGGACUGGUCAGCUGGAGCUAUGACAAGACAUGCAGCAAUGGCCUGUCCACAGCCUUCACCAAGGUGCUGCCUUUCAAAGACUGGAUUGAGAGGAACAUGAAAUGAACCAGCUUGCAAGGCCACGGAGAAGCUUUUCCUAGCAUCCAUCUGUAUAUAUGGCGUAUGGCUCAGUGUGGACCUGAAGUAUGAUUUUUGCCCAUGACCUUGGCUACAGAAAGGUUUCUGGUUUCAGGGAUAUACCUCAGUAGAGGGUGAGUAGUGUUUGCUUCCUGGCAGGAAACUGUCUUUCUGACUGCUUGGAAACCAUCCAAAAGAUGCCAGGGCUUGCAAGAACUGAAUUUCCUCAAAGAAAGCCAGGUGACUAGAAAAGAAAAUCUCCCAGACACUGUAAACCUCACAGUUACAUGAAUGUCAUGGUCAGUUCUGGUUGAAAGAGUUGACCUGGGGGGGCUCUGGGCUGCACCAGGCUUUGGUCAAAGUUCCAAAGAACAGCCUGCAUGGCAGUCCAAGGCAAAGGAGCUUAGAUGUGGCACAUGUUCCUGUGUACAUUGUCUGAUUAUACAUUGUCUGUACUGAUCCUUUUCCCCUCCAAUCUUCUGUACACAUCUCAAUAAAACAAGGGUUGGCUCCAAGAUAAAAGUC